CAAUGUAACGAAUCUUAUGCAAAGAAUGAGAGAGACAAAAGACGACGAUGCUCGGAAGGGGGUGUAAACUUAACAGAACUGUCGGGAUAUUCUCACAAACAAGUGCUAUUAAAGUAAUUUGACCUUUGAAGUUACUGGAUAACUCGGUUAUUUUCCUAUAAUAACCUUUACGUAUUCAGGAUGUCUACUAGAAGUAACAAUAUAAAAAGAACCGUCCGACACGUAACCUGCUCUUGAGGUAGAUUUAAUCUAAUAUUGAAUAUAUAAUUAUACUGGUAUUUCGAACAUAAGCAACGACAAACAUUAGAUAUAAUCGACAACAAUAAAAAAAAUGUCGUGUACGAGCGAGCUUUCUCGAUCACAGGAAUAUCUCAGCUUUCGUAGUUCCGUCCCGCUUAGAAAAAUCGUCGUUGACGCCGAUGGUACUAAGGGAUGGAAAGUAUACGAUUCUAGUCCAAAAACCAUUAAAUGUCCACUUAUAUGUCUUCCACCGGUUAGUGGGACAGCCGAUAUUUUUUUUAAACAAGUACUGGGCUUAGCAGCAAAAGGAUACAGAAUCAUAUCGGCUGAACCGCCCGUAUACUGGAACGUUAAAGAAUGGUGUGAUGGAUUCAGAAAACUUCUGGAUUACAUGGAAUUAGAUAAGGUGCAUCUUUUCGGCGCUUCAUUAGGUGGGUUUCUGGCGCAAAAAUUCACCGAGGUGAAUGCUCAUUGUCCUAGAGUAGUAUCGUUGGUUUUAUGUAACUCGUUCACGGACACGUCGGUGUUCAGUUACAAUGAUUCCGCGACAAUCUUUUGGAUUUUGCCAUCAUUGGUAUUAAAAAAGAUGUUAAUGGGAAACUUUGUAACGGAUAAAGUGGACGGAGAGAUUGUUGAGGCGAUUGAUUUUAUGGUAGAAAGAUUGGAAAGUUUAACGCAACCGGAGUUAGCGUCUCGAUUAACGAUGAAUUGUGUCAAUUGUUACGUACAACCGCAAAAAAUAUGUCACUUACCUAUCACCAUUAUAGAUGUUUUUGACGAGUACGCGUUAUCGAACUCGGUGAGAGAAGAAGUGUAUAAAUGUUAUCCAAAUGCUAAAUUGGCCCAUUUAAAAAGUGGCGGGAAUUUUCCAUAUUUAAGUCGAGCGGCAGAAGUAAAUUUGCAUUUACAGAUACACUUAAGGCAGUUUGAAGGCACUGAAUAUGCUGCUUCUGAAAGAAAAAAAUUAUAACGUCAUUAAUAUAUGGAAUUGAAACAGAAUAAUUUAUAGUUAUCAUACCUAUAUGCAUUUCACAUGUAAUUGAUAUUGCAUAUGAUUCUCUAUUUAUUCUAUAAUCAGCAAUCUGUCUGAUUUACAAUUGUCAGUAACGCAUACUAGGAUGUAUGAUUGUUAUAACAAUAUUUGAAACGAUUUUAAAUAUAUUCGCCAUAUCAAAUAUGCCUAAGUAAUUUAUGUACAUAGAUUACAUUAGUAUUGUAAAACAUUUACGCUAUUUUUAUCACGAUAUUUGAACAUACUUUUUAUCGUGUAUUUUCUUAGGCGAAUAUUUAUCAAUCGUAAGUUUCCUUAUUUCGAAAAUGAAUUCGAAAUAUAAAAUAAUUCUAUAUUGUUUUCAAUCAAACACAUAACAUAUUCUAUGAAAUAUAAUGAUUUUUAUGAAAAAGAAAAAAAAAUUUUUAAAAAGUGUUUGUUAUAGAUAAGAAAAAAACUCAAUCAAGUAUACAACUAAAUGUAAGUUAGUUAAGAAGAAACGAAUUGAAAAUAUAUAUAAAUUAAGGCAUA